CGAUAUACCUAGCUGACUCAGACACUUCAUUACCUUUCGAAUACUUACACUGUAACGUUCAAGAUAAAUAUAGCUUAAAAAAAAUAUUUGGGUGUUACAUUCAGUGAGUGUGGUUUAGAAAUAACUCGAGUGGUUUGAGGGGAGGAGUUACAAUAUUGUAGUAUUAUUUGUGAGUACAGAACUAGACAGCUGAGGGACCGCGGCAUAGGAACACACAGUGGCCAAUUUGUAAUUAAAAUGAAUAGCAUGACAGGGACUGAGUAAUCGAAUGAGAUGGUGACGUGACACGUCUAGCAUGCGGUGGUCGACAUGGUGGCAAGUACUCUUGGUGCUACAAGGCUCGCUGGCGCAGUCCAUCACGCCGACCGUGUGCGAUGACGAAUUCUGUCGAUGCGACGCAUUCACAAGGGUUAUAUGCAACUGCACCAAGGCAUAUGCUCAGGAAGUGACCCUUAGACCCGAUGGCGCCUACAGAGUACCUUCUACGUGUACGGGCAUCAUCAUCGAUGGAUGCGCUCGUGUGUCUUUUCUACCAGACACUAUACGAAAUCUCAUCCAACUUCGCAACGUAGAAAUAAGAAACGUUCAACAUGUCAUUAUAAACGAACGAGCUCUUUCGUGGUCACCGUUUCCAAGAGAAAACGACAUAAAUCCUGGCAUAAGAAUAAUCAUAAACAAUUGUACAAUUGAUGAUAUUGCGUCACACGCGAUUCAAGGACGUGUAAAUGACAUUAUAAUUAGUAACAACAAAAUCAAGAAUAUGAGGCCCUUUUCAUUCUCCAGCCUGACAGGCGUCAAAAAUAUAGAAUUACGAGAAAAUGACUUUGAGAACAUUGAGAUACAAGCGUUUAAAAAAUUUGCUACUCUUAAUUUUUUACUGAAUGGUGGCACUAUAAGAACACUGCCCAGCAGAUUUCUAUCAGAUGUCGAAGUUACAAAUCUAUUUCACAUGGAAGGAGUUACCGUCAAUUACUUGUAUAGUUCAACAUUUCUUGUCAGUGCACCAAAGAGGGUCUUAAUAGAGAAUAACAAUAUCGUGACAUUGGAGGGCGACGCCUUUCACAUGGUCACGAGGGGACCCAUAACUUUCAGGAAUAACUCGGUAACAAAUUUGAGUAAAGGCGCAUUCUUCGGGAUUACUGUGGACUUAGAAAUUUCAUCAGUGAUGGGCCCGCAAGAGUUACUAAUUGACAACAAUACCGUGACACAUUUAACGCCGUCUUCGCUUAUAUUUAAUCAUACGAGGCUCACGCAGCGUAUUGACGGUUUGAAUUUAAAUGUAUCAUGCACGUGUGAGCUCACUGAGGAGUGGAGAGAGCUAAUGAAAAGCCAAGUUGGAACUAUCAAUUGCUGGUACGAAUUGAACAAUCAUUACGUGUCCCUGCCAACAUAUAUGGACAGCCGCUGUGGAGCGUUCAAGCAAAACUUUUGGAUAUUUGUUGUAAUAGGAGUAGUUCUAGCUCUGAUAUGUGUAGCAAUCAUAAUCUUCUUUGUAGUGAGACGCGAAAAUGAAAAGAAAAAGAAAGUGCAGAUAGUAAUGCCUGAUGGAAAGACUUACAGAGAGACUGAAUUUCACAUUGUCGUGGAGAGAGCAGAGCUCCUAACCACUGAUUUAUGAGUGGAAUCGCCUGUGUGAAUUUAUGUGUAAAGAUAACUGGUCUAACCGAUUAUUUCAUUAAGUCACAGUGCCGAAUUAGUUUUAUUGUGUACAUUGUAUGUUUAUGCUGUCGAAAUCUUGAUAGAUUUAUAGUUUUAAGGCAACAUGGUCAUUACUUUAUGAUGCGACUAAACCAAAAACAUGGUUUUGAUAUAAAAUUCUACUUAAAAACUAUAAAUCCGUCGGAAUCGCAAUUCAAAUAGCCUACCUCAAUAGAACAUCAACAAUUUUAUCACGUAUAAGUUGUGCAUCCAUAAAGAUUACCUACGAGAUGUAUCUAAAAAGGUAUUGUUAUUCUUUCAUAAAUGCAAGGCAUUAUCCAUGCAUAUAUCAAUAAAAAAAGUACAACGACAAAA